AUGACUUGGGUCGUGAGCGGGGUUCUCCUCCUGGUAAUCUCUGUGCUCUGCACCUGGAACUGGCUCUGGCGCCUAGAGAUGAACUUAGCCACCUUCGGCGCCCUCUUCCACGGCUUCGCCGUGGCCCUGCGAGCGGUGCAGAACCAUGCUGUUUUCCGGGACCUGCGCUGGGACCCGGAGGACCAGCAUGGCAUCCUCGUGGUCUAUGAGUUUCCUGGGCUCCAGCUCUUCAUGUUUGGCAUGCUGGUGAUGUUUGCAUCGCUGCAGUUUUAUCUCUACACCUGCAACUGGAAGGAGUGGAGGAGUCUUGAAAGCCAGGACGAUCAGACAGGGCACGAGGGCUGCUACAGCUACAAUGUGGUGAAAGACCUGGGCGCUGCUGACGACAAGGACGACGAGGGCAGCCAAGCUUGUGCCGGCAGCCACUGGUGGCAGUGGAUCCUCCUCCCGCUUUGCAUUCUCUGUCAAGUUAUUGGUGUACAUGUGCCACUUAUCUACACUGAGUGCAUCUUGCCGAAUGUCACGUGGGUUCAUGACGAUGCCGACGGCUACCGAGUCUCGCAAGGUGAGUCCUACAUUGACGUGAUCCGCUGGCUGUAUCAGCGUCAACUUCCAUGCUCAGCGUUUGUGGCUGCGUACAAUGCCAUGUUGCUGCCUCCACUGCAGUUCUUGAUGAUCUUUCUGAUCCUCCUUAACCCGGAUUUCAUCCCGGGGGACUUGCGCCAAUCGAUGCAGACAUAUGUCAUGACGCUGGCACCCAUGCGCUUCACGCAGCCGUCCAUAAUGAUGCUGGUCGUUGGCAUCGCGAGCCUUCCCAUCGAGAACCAGCAUCCUGACAACAUCCGCUAUGGUGGGUACUUCACGAAUGGCUACUGGUUCUUCCUGUCUUACUGUGUGGCAAACCUCAUCUUGGCCUGGUCCGUGCAGCCAGCAGACUUCCUUCCAAAGCCCGGACUGCUGAAGGCCUGCAAGAGCGUCAAGGGGAGGGACCCAACCCUGAGGAAGCAUUUGGGUGGCUACAACGACUACGAUGCAGAGUCCGAGGGCUCCGGGCCGGAGGAUCUUCAUCCGAAUCCUCCUGUACCGUUCUUGCUGGCGACGACCGCGCUGGUCGUGGCCGGCAUUUGGGUUGCCCUGAUGUACCCGUACCUGGAGUUCGAGUUUCGGAUCGCAGGCGUUGCGAUCCACCGAGUGACUCCUACUGUGCUGGACCUGUGGUGGAGCAUAGGCUCCGUGUCAUGGUUUCUGAUGUGCUUCUCAGCCUGUACAGUGAUCUUGCUGCCGUCGCUGUGGGUAGUGUUACUCUGUUGCCGGCUGCAACCGGACUCCUCCUUUGGCUGGGCCGAGCACUGGCUGAGGCCCUGGGUCAUGUGCCACAUCUGGGCGGCAUCCCUGGUCCUGGUCUACUACAUCGUGAUGGCCAGGAAUCAAAACACGAUGGAGGUGUGCGUCACUUUCCCAUCCCUGCCUCUGGGGCCUGCCGGCAUCCUUGCGAUGGGCUUAGGAACCUACGCCCUUCUUCAUGCUGCCAAAGCGAAGUCGGGUCCGGCGGCUUCGCUGCCGCCGGGUGGUGCCCCGCUAUGGCUGGGCGGGCCGGCAAUGGCCAUCUUCGCCCUGGGAACGUUUCUUUCCACGCACGGGCCCCUGCACCAAGCGAAGCCGAAGAAUUUGGAGGACGUGAACCUUCGAUUGGACCACAUGGUGGGACUGCUGAACCAGCAUCUGCGCAAGGAUGUGACGGAGACGUUCGGUGACUGCUCGGCGCUGUGGGACCUGCGCAUGAAAGAAGGUGAGGUCUCUUCCAGCUCACGGUGGGCGAAAUACGCAGACUGCUCUGGAACCACACCACUGCUGCAGCGCGAGACAGAGGUGGGCCCAGCAACCUCCAAGCAUCGCAUGAAGCUCGAGGCCCUCUGGGCGAAGGGUGCGAACUCUUUGGAGUUGGAGACCCUCCGGUUGCGUCGUCCACCGGAUCUCUGGCAGGCUAACCAACUAUGGCACCUUGACAUCCGGGCGGCUUUCGCUGACCUCCAUGUGUUCAUGAACGUUUUCGUGGACGGCAAGGAGUGGUACAGCGGCAAUGUGUGCUGCGAUGAGGCGUUUCACUUCGAGCUCCAAGUCACUGUCCAAUGCCGGCAGGGCCUGGGGUUCGACGCCAUGGAGCUAAACUUACUCCACAUGGACGAGGUGGUCUUGGCACACAACACAGCGCUCCUCUCCGGACCCGCUUGGGCAGCGGCCGCCUCGGAAGCCGGCCGGCGAGAGCUGGUGAAGAAAGUGGUCGAAGACUUCGUUUCGUUGAAAACUGGAAGACUGCUGUUGAGGAACCUGGAGAAUAAAUCGGCGAAAGCACGCCAGAUCGCCAGCGAUGUCCUUUCAGACGUCGUGGAACUUAACACAGGCGAGAUUUGCACCAUGCAGGUGUGA